UUUCUUGAUUCUUUUUUUGAACAUGGCCUAGUUUAUUUUUCAUCAGUAGAUUUCUGGGCUCCUAUAUUCACUAGAGAUUGCAGCUCCUAGAUUUCUCUUACUUCAGAAUCCAUUUUGAGACAUAUGGGAGCCUCUGAAUUCCAGAACAAAAGAAUUUUGUAAUUUAAAAUUUGUGAUUGCUCAAUGGAAUUAUUUUAAUUGUUAUUCCAUUUCUGUAGUUAUUUAAAACUUACAUGGAGAAUUUUCUCAGAAAUGAAAGAACCACAAGCAUACUAAACUUUUAGAGGCAAUCAGUCUGCUAAGAAGAGAAACGGGAUCUUCUGUUUCAACAGUGAUUACUUAAGAAGAAAUUAAGAGAAUGAAAUAAGUUUCGCAGAAUAAUUAUAAAAUUUUUAUUCAUGAAAUAUGUACUUACAUUUUGGGCCACGUGAUGUCACUCUUUGCCGCGAUGUUCUCUCUGAAUCCAGACAAAUACAGCCCUUUUCCCAGGGAAAGAGACUCCAUUCUUUUUCACUCUCUCUGUGCUGAACAAUGGCGAACACAGCAGAAUGGGACUGACGAAAUCAGCCGAUUUUUCCUAAUUUGGAGGCAAUUUUCACCAAUUAGAAAAGACCGAGUAUUUGAAAUGUUGUACUCAAGUCGAGGAGACCCAGAGGCUCCGCAUCUACUGCUCUCGCUUACGAUCCUCGCGAUCUGGAAGGUGGGGAGCGGCCAGGUUCACUACUCCGUCCUGGAGGAAGCCAAACACGGCACCUUCGUGGGCCGCAUCGCGCAGGACCUGGGGCUGGAGCUGGAGGAGCUGGUGCCGCGCCUGUUCCAGUUGGAUUCCAAGGGCCGCGGGGACCUUCUGGAGGUAAAUCUGCAGAAUGGCAUUUUGUUUGUGAAUUCUCGGAUCGACCGCGAGGAGCUGUGCGGGCGGAGCGCGGAGUGUAGCAUCCACCUGGAGGUGAUCGUGGACAGGCCACUGCAGGUUUUCCAUGUGGACGUGGAGGUGAGGGACAUUAACGACAACCCGCCCUUGUUCCCAGCGACACAAAAGAAUCUGAUCAUCGCGGAAUCCAGGCCGAUUGACUCUCGGUUUCCACUAGAGGGCGCGUCCGACGCAGAUAUCGGGGAGAACGCCCUGCUCUCUUACAGACUGAGCCCCAAUGAAUAUUUCUCUCUGGACGUGCCAACCAGCAACCAGCAGGUA